GGCGGCGGCUUUGACAGUGCCGGCGGGGCAGUGCCGGCGCUCCCCGGACCCGGUGCCGGCCGAACCUCCCUCUGCCUCGCACCUUGCUGCGGCGCCCCAGCGCCCCGUGCCGCCGAGGCCAGUUGUGCAGCAGCAGGAAGCACGGCUCCCGGUGACGGCGGGACUCCCGGUGGCCCAGCGCUGCUGUCAGCUGAGUGGGCACCCGUGGCCUCGGAGACCGCGGCAGCGCGGCGCCCAGCACCAGCCAGUCCAUGGAUUACCUGAAAGCAACAAUAAACUAAAUUCGUAGUCCGUCCUCAGCCUCUCUGGGUGACUGCAGAAGACAUAGAAUUGUGGCAUCACAACAGAUUGGAAGUUGAGCCGGUUGAGGACUAUGUCUGAAUGUAUCCAGCUCUCAUUUGCUGUUUGUAGAAUUGGCAUGUACACGUGUUUUAGAGCACUUUGCUGCAAGGGACCACCACCACCAAGACCUGAAUAUGACUUGGUUUGCAUAGGUCUCACUGGUUCUGGCAAGACAAGUCUUCUGUCACAGCUUUGCAGUGAAAGCCCGGAGAACAUAGUGUCUACCACAGGUUUUAGUAUAAAAGCGGUGCCGUUCCAGAAUGCCAUCUUGAACGUAAAAGAACUUGGAGUUCCUAUUGUUGUCUUGAAAGGGGCUGACAAUAUCAGGAAAUACUGGAGUCGUUACUACCAAGGAUCCCAAGGGGUAAUAUUUGUGUUAGACAGUGCCUCCUCUGAAGAUGAUCUAGAAACUGCUAGGAAUGAACUGCAUUCUGCUCUACAGCACCCACAGUUAUGUACUUUGCCGUUUUUAAUACUGGCCAAUCAUCAAGACAAGCCAGCAGCUCGCUCCAUACAAGAGAUAAAAAAAUACUUUGAACUUGAGCCACUCGCACGUGGAAAGCGCUGGAUUCUUAAACCCUGCUCCUUGGAUGAUAUGGAGGCAGUAAAAGACAGCUUCUCCCUUCUAAUAAACUUGCUAGAAGAGAGAGACUUCGAGCCUUCAAGAAUGUGAAAGAGCAGAGAGAAGAGUGGCUCUCCAGGCAUCGCUGUACCUGCACAUUCUGCUGACAGCUCGUGAUAUGUUGCCCAUGCACAGUUAGUGCAGAGUGUCCCUUUUCUGAAAUAAAUACCCUGUGCACCAGGUACACAGCUGUUUCCAGUGGAGUUUUCCACACUACUGAACUGGGAAGUUCCUCUCUGUGCACCAGGUACACAGCUGUUUCCAGUGGAGUUUUCCACACUACUGAACUGGGAAGUUCCUCUCUGUGCACCAGGUACACAGCU